AUGGAGGUAAGGCAAGAUACAGAGCUUACAAACCCCAGCAUGACAAGUAUUGCAGAGGAAGCUGAGGCAGAAGUUGCUCAAGAGGAUUACUACUCUGAACCCAGAGUAAGUCCUGUUGAAAUGGAGCUCUCUGAACUCUCAGAUUCAACGACUGGAAAAAAGAAAAUGGUUAACAUUCACCAGUUCUAUCCCCAACUAGAACAUACUUUUACAAAGUCCUCCACAAAGUUUGCAGAGGAACAAGAUAAACGAACAGAAGAGGCAAUGAAAGAAAUAGUUGAUGAAUCCACAUUCACAAAUUCAGAGAAAGACUUGAGUGCAUCACAGUUGAUACAGCUGGAAGACACUUCUUUGGUUCAGCUUCCAACAGAUUCCAUGACAGAAACAACUGAUCCCAUGGUGUCUAAAACUGAUUUAACAGAUGAUGGAAGUGGGGAUGCUGAAACUAAAGAUGAUGAUGAUAAUAAUUCUGCUGCAAGUAAAAAGCCUUAUCAGUCUACAAUGUUUUUUGGGCCUGCCAGUGUGUUUAGCACAACAGUAAGUGAGGAAACACUGAACAAAGCAAGAGCUCGUCGAUGGACACGCAACAGUAUAUUCCAAACAGAGGACUGGGGACCAGUCCAGAAAUACUCAGCAGGCAUGAAGGAUAUCGUUGACAAGAGGGCCGCAGAACAUUUUUCCAAAGCGAUGUUGUUAAAGGCAAGUGGUGACCAUCAGGGAUGUAUAAACGCUGUAAAUAAAGCAAUGGGACUUGUGGCAGACGUACCCAGAUACUAUGUUGAACGGGCGGAGGCCUACAUUCAGUUGUGUGACUUUAAGUCAGCCAUUUUGAACUACAAAAAAGCUUGCCUACUUGAAGCAAACAAUGAAGGAUAUUAUUCACGUCUGUCAUUUCUUUAUUACUUCCAAGGACAGACAUUAUUUGAUCAGAGACUUUAUCCAGAGGCCUUGGAGUGCUUUUCUAGUGCAGCUGAAAUGAACCCUGAUAAUGUAGGAUACCAUAUAAGGAGCAUUACCUGUCUAGCUGCCCUACAAAGACAUGGUGAGUGUCUAGCCUUGGUGAACAAGCGAUUGGAAACAGAGGUCAACAACCCUGACUUGUAUAUAAUGAGGGCCCGCCUACAUGAGAUGUUCCGGAAUACAACGCUUUGUUACUAUGAUAUAAAAGAUGCCUUGUCACUCGAUGAGGGCCAUGUUGAAGCUAAGAAGAUGAUGGUUCACCUGGAGCGCCGCGCCCAGGACAACAAAGCUCAAGCAGCACAGCUCAAUCUGGCUGGUAAACACAGGGAGGCGCUUCAGAAAAUAUCCAUUGCCAUAGAAACCAACCCCAAUAUGGCAGACUUUCACGUCCUCAGAGGUACCCUCCAUCGGAAGCUGGGUGAUUUUAAUGCAGCUAUUGAUGACUUCCUGCUGGCCCUGGACAAAUGUGACCAUAAUGAGGAAAGCCAGGUCUAUCUCGACUCACAGCGACAACUCCUUCUAACAUAUAAUGACUUUGCUGUUGAGUGCUUCACUAAAGGAUUCUAUGAAGAAUCUAUCAUCCUUUUAAAUAAGGCUAUUAAGGGAGAGAAACGAGAGAAAGGACUCUACAUCAAUCGAGGAGAUUGUUUUUUCCGACAGCAUGAUCUGAACUUCGCCUUACAAGACUACAACCAGGCAUUGGAAAUUGACCCUAAUGAUGCUGCCAUCCAGGCAAGGAUAUCAGUCAUUUAUAACGAGUAUGGAGUGACUGCUUACCAGGACAAAAACUAUCCGGAAGCUGAUUCCAAGUUUACAGAAGCCUUGAAACACAACCCAAAAGUUGGCCAGUACUAUAUAUCCCGAGCUAGGUCUCGUUACAUGUUAGAGAGUAUGGUUGGGGCCAGACAGGACCUACUGAUGGGACUACUUUUGGAUCCGACUAAUGAGGAUGUGAUAUCGAUUCUGUCCCGCCUCUUCCCUGGUAAAUCUGUAGCAGAGGUGGUCAACAGCCGUGCAGCAGACUCUGCCAAACUUGCCCUUAGAGCUGUGCUGUUCCCACCCCAGACGAGGCCACUCGAGUCAAAGUCCAUGUCUGCAAUGGAGGUGACAUUUGAUGAAGGGUGACCGCCACAGUCUGCAGUGAAGACAGAAUGGAGUCAGGCAGAAUCUGAAGCGUCACAGAAGGAAAGUUCUGGUCCUCCAGCCCUACAGCGACUUAAGACAUGCAUGAGUGAACAGGAUUUUGCUCUUGUCCUUAUGGAAGGAAAGAAACAGGUUCAUACAGAGAUCAAAACAUCACUACGUGAAAGGAAGUCACUGAAGUAUGAAGGCCCACGAGUUCAGCCUCUCCCGCCCCCUACUGCAAAGCCCCGGUAUGGAGGUCUUCGAAAGGAACGCCUCAUAAAAAGCCCUGGAUCUGGGGACAAGAAGAAGGGUAGCACAAAUUGGAAACAGUUCUCCAUGGGCAUAGGGCUUGCCAAUGCUGCUGACUAG